AUGGACCCCUCCAUUCUUCGUGAGCUCUCGAAGCUCGAUCCCGCGGUACCGUUCCGCUCAUCAACCGAUCAUCUACAUCAUACAUGGGCCAAGACAUUUUUCUCCCGCCCAGAGUUGUACAUCCGCCCACAAACUAUUCCAGAAAUCCAACAACUGGUAACUCUCGCCCGUCGCUGUCGCCGUCGCAUCGUAACAGUCGGUAGCGGCCACUCGCCCUCCGAUUUAACCUGCACCUCAUCCUGGCUCGUCAACCUCGACGACUUCAAUCGCAUCCUCCACGUUGACCCGUCAACCGGCUCCGUAACCGUCGAAGCAGGCAUCCGAUUACGGGAUCUGGGCGCAGAACUGGAGAAACAUGGUCUGACACUCGAAAACCUGGGCAGCAUCGACAGCCAGUCCAUAGCAGGCGUCAUCGCCACCGGUACCCACGGCAGCUCCCUACGCCACGGCCUGGUAUCGGAAUGCAUCGAAUCGCUAGGCCUGGUCCUCGCCAAUGGCCAGUUGGUCCGCUGUAGCGCGACAAACAACCCGGACCUGUUCCGCGCGGGCCUGGUAUCGCUCGGAGCGCUCGGAAUCGUCGUCGAGGUCACCUUCAAGGCAGCGCACACAUUCAAAAUCGCCUGGCGCCAGGAGCGCUAUGCCCUAUCUCGCGUGCUGGACGAAUGGUUCACCGGUCUGUGGACUAAGCAUGAGUUCGUGCGUGUUUGGUGGCUGCCGUAUGAGAAAAGCGCUAUUGUCUGGCGCGCUGAUAAAACAGAUCUCCCACUGCGCGCGCCCCCGAAAAGCUUCUACGGUGACUCCCUAGGCUACCACAUCUACCAUAAUCUCCUCGCGCUGUCUUCAUACUUCCCGCGCAUCCUGCCCUGGGUCGAAUGGUUCGUCUUUGGUAUGCAGUACGGCUUCCGCGCUGGAUCGACCAUCACCGAGGCCGUUGAGCCCGCCCGAGAGGGAUUAUUGAUGAACUGUCUGUAUUCGCAGUUUGUGAACGAAUGGGCUCUCCCGCUGGAAAAGGGACCCGAGACUAUCGGUCGGCUUUCCGCCUGGUUGAAUGGCGACACUGAAACCGCGCGCAUCCCCUUCUCACCCAAGGGCCUGUAUGUACACUGUCCGGUCGAAGUGCGAGUCUCCGAUACCUCACUGAACACCAGACCCCGCCCAUUCCUGGACCCGACGUGUCCCGACGGCCCGACGCUCUACCUCAAUGCAACGCUUUACCGUCCAUACCUCCGCGACCCGCCGUGCAGAGAACGCUACUACGAAGCCUUUGAAUGGCUGAUGCGGGAGAUGGGCGCGAAGCCGCACUGGGCGAAGAAUUUCAACACAUUAAGCCCGAACGAGCUGGGAACAUCGUACGGGUCCGACAUGGAGUCGUGGAUGAAAGUACGUUCAGAAGUCGACCCGGACGGGAUGUUCGUGGGCGAAUGGCAUCGGCGUCACCUGCCCCUGGAACUCGGGCAGGGGAGUGAAACACCCGACGAGAAACUGCCUCUCCUCGAGCGCGAGCAAGAACGUCGCAAGGUGGAUAUUAGCGGCGUUGGGGAUGGCGUUGAAUGGGUAGGGGAUCGCCGAUGGCAGGUUCAGGUUCGGGCUCGACCCUCGUUUGAUACGUUGGAUAUGGCGAAGAGCGCGUGCCCGUUACCGCCAGAUCACUCUCCUAGUACGGCGACCAGCGAGGAGAGCUUUGAUUUGCUUGCCAGGGGUGAAGCGAGCAUCUUGCUCCCCGAUGGACCGGGGUGA